AUGGCAAAGAUGAGUCUCUCUUCCUACAUAUUAAUGCUGAUCUUUUCUUUGUUUUCUCAACGUAUUUUACUUUCAGCUUCCAAGCCCAUAAGAAAUUUAGAAGACGACGUGGUAUUUAAUACAUUUAGGAUGGGGAAAGCCUUCCAGAAGGAAGACACCGCAGAAAGGUCAGUGGUGGCUCCCUCUCUGGAACAAUAUAAAAACGUUGACAGCGGCUUCCUGAGCGACGAUGAAAGCAAGAAUUCCAAGAACCCAGGCUCCAAACAGAAUCUCCUAAGUCAUGGUCUGCCACUGAAUCUGGCUAUAAAACCUUAUCUCGCUCUGAAAGGAUCAGUAGCUUUUCCAGCUGAGAAUGGAGUUCAGAAUUCUGAGUCAACACAAGAAAAGAGAGAAAUUGGGGAUGAAGAAAACUCAGCUAAAUUUCCCAUAGGAAGGAGAGAUUUUGACAUGCUCAGGUGUAUGCUGGGGAGAGUCUACCGACCCUGCUGGCAAGUCUGA